AUGGCCGUACCCACUCAAGCUCCCCAGAAUGUCGAUCCCAAUUAUGUCGAUCUCUGUCCAUAUACUUCGCGAAAACAUUGUCGGCAACAAUCCCAAGCGGGUUGCACGAAGGUCCAUUACAAGCCUGACAUCCAGCCCCAUACGGAUCUCUCGCUCGGCGAUUGUAGCUAUCUGAACACUUGUCACAGGAUGGACACGUGUCGGUAUUUACACUGGAUGGUCGAGGAUCCGUUAGCUUUCCCCACCCCUGCCCCAACUUCGGAGUCGGAUGCCCUAGUGAAAACUCAAACGGCUUCAAGUUCCAAGCUUUUCCCGCCCCAAUGGGUUAAUUGUGAUUUGAGACAUUUGGAUGUAGGCAUCCUUGGCAAGUUCAAUGUCCUCAUGAUGGAUCCACCUUGGGAUAUUCACAUGAGUCUACCGUAUGGCACGAUGACAGAUGACGAGAUGCUAAAAAUGCCCGUCCCAUCUCUACAAGAAUCUGGUGGGUUGAUCUUCGUCUGGGUCACUGGCAGAGCACUCGAAUUAGGCAGGGAUUGCAUGAGGACAUGGGGGUAUGAAAGGAUCGAAGAGAUCGUCUGGGUCAAAACCAAUCAAUUACAACGACUGAUCAGGACCGGGCGGACUGGACAUUACUUAAAUCACAGCAAAGAACAUUGUCUUGUUGGGUUCAAAAGACCUGCCGAUAAGGUCGGAGAAGGAUCGAUGACAAAGGAGGAAAUUCGAGAAGCCCUCAGCUGGGUCAAAAGUGGAAUUGACACAGAUGUGAUUGUAGCCGAGGUGAGAAAUCACUCAAAAAAGCCUUGA